GCGAGGGGGCGGGGAGGGGGCGCAGAGGGGAGCCUCGGGAGCGCGAGCCGCGGCCAGUGCCGCUGCAGAGCCGAGCGAAUCCCGAGCCCCGGCAGCAGGGCACCAUAUUUGUAUGUCUUGGAACACACACUUGGAAAUGCUGACGGCAGGCUUCAUGACAGCUGAGCCCCACUAGAUGCCAAGAAAACCUAAGGCUCUGGUUGCAUCUUUCAACAUGACCAAUCCACAGCCUGCCAUAGAAGGAGGAAUUUCUGAAGUUGAGAUCAUCUCCCAACAAGUAGACGAAGAAACCAAGAGCAUUGCUCCAGUGCAGCUCGUGAACUUAGCCUAUCGGGAAUUGCCCCUGGCUGCAGUUGACCUCUCCACAGCAGGCUCACAGCUCUUGUCAAAUCUGGAUGAAGAUUACCAAAGAGAAGGGUCUACUUGGCUGAAGCCGUGCUGUGGGAAGAGAGCAGCCGUGUGGCAGGUAUUUUUGCUCAGUGCAAGUCUCAACAGUUUCCUGGUAGCCUGUGUAAUAUUGGUGGUGAUUCUCCUGACUCUGGAACUUCUAAUAGAUAUAAAGCUUCUCCAGUUUUCCAGUGCAUUCCAGUUUGCUGGUGUAAUUCACUGGAUCAGUCUGGUCAUCCUCUCUGUGUUCUUCUCAGAGACUGUUCUAAGGAUUGUGGUGCUUGGCAUCUGGGAUUACAUCGAAAACAAAAUAGAGGUAUUCGAUGGGGCUGUGAUCAUCCUGUCCUUGGCCCCGAUGGUGGCGUCCACCGUGGCCAAUGGGCCCAGGAGCCCCUGGGACGCCAUCAGCCUCAUCAUCAUGCUCCGAAUCUGGCGAGUAAAGAGGGUGAUUGAUGCUUACGUCCUGCCUGUGAAGGUGGAGAUGGAGAUGGUCAUCCAGCAGUACGAGAAGGCCAAGGUCAUCCAAGAUGAGCAGCUGGAGAGACUGACGCAGAUCUGUCAGGAGCAAGGGUUUGAGAUCCGACAGCUGCGGGCGCACCUGGCGCAGCAGGACCUGGACCUGGCAGCGGAGCGUGAGGCAGCGCUGCAGGUCCCUCACGUGCUCAGCCAGCCACGCAGCCGCUACAAGGUGCUGGAGGCCGGCACGUGGGCAGAGGAGACGGCGGCCGAGAGCGUCGUGGAGGAGCUGCAGCCUUCGCAAGAAGCCGUGGUUAAAGACGACAUGAACAGCUACAUCAGUCAGUACUACAAUGGGCCCAGCAGUGACAGUGGUGUCCCAGAGCCAGCGGUGUGCGUGGUCACCACAGCUGCCAUAGACAUUCACCAGCCCAACAUCUCCUCUGACCUCUUCUCCGUUGACGUGCCCCUGAAGCUCAGCAGCAAUGGUACCUGCGCCAGUGCCACCUCUGAAAACAUUUCCCGCUCUACUUGUAGCUCUGUCACCUGGGCCCAGAGUGACAGCAGCCAGACAUUGGGCUCCUCCACAGACUGCAGCACUACCCGAGAGGAGCCAUCCUCCAAGCCCAGCCCCUCUCCCCUGCCACUGCUGCCACCACCCCAGCAGCAGAUGGUGGAGGCCACAGUCCAGGACCUGCUAUCCUCCCUGUCGGAGGACCCCUGCCCAUCCCAGAGGGCCUUGGACCCAGCCCCUGUCUCCUGGCCCAGCCCAGUGGGCUCGGCCCAAACCAGCCCUGAGCUGGAGCACAGGAUGAUGAAAAUGAAGCCUAAAGGGAGAAGGAAUGUGACCAGGGUGCCUCUGAGACAUUAACAGAACCAGGACAAAGACCCAACUGUUCCUGUGACCUGCCCACUCAGUGCUCAGCCCUCCCUGUGGUCCCCAGGUCCUUGACUGCCAUAUCCCUCAUGUAGCCCCAUACUGGGAAGGGAAACAGCCCUCCAAGCUGGAGGUGAGUCCAUAAAAAGGCAGCGGCAACCUGCUUUUAACCACAUGACCAAUUGUGGGAGGCAGAGAUGGUGAAGCCCAGACAAGUAAAGCCUUACCAAUGCCUGACCGCUCACCAAUCUGGACACCACAGAAAGGAAACCCCAGCUUACUUCCCAAUAAAUUCCUAACUCCAUCACUGUCCCAUGCUUCUUUCAAAAAGCUUGCUGUUUUGAGGCAAUAUAAACCAGAGGAUAGAGUCCUGAAGAAGCUGGAAGAUGCUGGGAGGCAGCCUGGUACAGUGGAAAGGCCAAGUUCUCCAGAUUUGGAGUCCACUUCAGGUUCCACAUCUCAUGACUGCCUCUGGUCAGUUGCCUCUCAGCCCUUUUCUUCCUCCAGAAAGCAGAGGCAAUGACACCCACUUUGGACACUGUUGUCUUAGAGGGCAUAUAAUAUACCUAGUAGGUUCUUAAUAAGUAAUAUUUACCAAAAAUUCUGGUUUGUGUUCCAGUUCUACCAUUUGUGUUAUGACCUGGGGCAAAUCACCUUCUCUCCUGAGGGUCUGAUUUCUUCACUGUUCCUACCCUUUCCACCUCUGAUGGGGUAACUUACAUGAAAAUGCCUUAUAAGCCAAGGAUUAUCAGCAAUCCUUCUUCAUUUGGGUUCCCCACAAAAUAUUUUUUAAAAACCUAGGGCUAUACGAAAUUGUGGCAGUAUAUCACAUUGUAUGGGCUUUUUAAAAGGUUAUCAGUCAAGCCUCCUUUAGCUCAGCAACAGCUAACUGAAUCCACCUGUUAUGAUCAAUAGUGUUCUCCAGGUCUCCCAGUCUCUUAAGCCCACUUUUAUGUAGACCAAAACAAAAACCUCUCGUGAGAGUGUGAAAUGCAACCAAGCUGACCAUUCCUUUCAGAAAGACAGCACUCAUGGCUGAUGUUUCAAGCCCUCCCGCCCAGUACAGACACGCCCAGGCUCUGCCAGCAGCACGGCUCCCACACUAACCUGAGGAAGAGUCCCACUCUCUGCUAGCUUUGCCCACAGCACUGGAGCCAUUUCCAGUCUUUGGGGACCCAUUCUGUAACCAAAGAGCUUUCAGCCAAACCCAGCCGGAGCAUAAAGCCAGAUGAUUCCUGCAACAGCCUCCUAAUCGCUUCCAUCUUCUCCUCCCUCCAUCCAUCAUGAAUACAUUGCCAGGUUAGGUUAUUCCUCUAGGUAAGCUAAUGGGCCUUCCUCAAAAAAUGUCAAUGGCUCCUGUUGCCAGGAUGGUGCUACUUAAGACUUGUUCAGGUGGCAGGACCUCAGGAAGUCAUGCAGCUCUUUGUGGAAAAUUCUUGAUAUACUGACAUUUUUAAUUCUAACAUACAAACAAGUAACAAUUACCAACUAGCAGAGACUACGCCUAAGUAUUCAACACAUGUCCACUUAACGAAAGCUGUGGAGGGUCAGCGGCUGCUGACCUCCUUAGUUAAUAUUUAUUUGCUACUUGUCCAUUCACUUUGGAAUCUGCUUACAUUCCUAAGACAAGGGGUAGCAGCCACCAAAAUUUUAGAAAAAAAUAUGGCAGACUUAAGAUUGGGAAAAUUCUAUAGGUUAAUUUUUCCUGCAAAUCAGAAAGACUAUGAUAUACCUUUCACAGUACCAACCCUGGUCCAGUCCCUAAGUGGCAGCAAUCCUUGAGGGUAGUUUGAGAACCACUGACCUAUAAGGAAAAAGGUCAAACUCCUCAGUCUGUCAAUGUCCUCCACAAUCUGGCCUCAACUACCUAUCACCCUUAACCCCUUUCCUGACCCCCAUGAGCCCUGAUCUCAGUUUCUACUUCCGCCUCACAGGCUAAUAUCAAAGCUUCCACUCCCAAGGAAUGACCAUAUCUCGCCAACUGAGGGAGCCCUCUGUGUAUAUGCUGUCUGCUUUUCUAAUCAUUUGUGUCUCACCUCAUCUUUCCUGGUAGCUGUAAAAUCUUGAGGGUUGGGGCUGUGCCUCCUAGCAGGAUGCUGUUCUCCCUGUCAGGACCACAAGCUGCAUAGGAAUAGUGGCUGGCCAGACUCUUCUACGUUUUUACUUGGUCCAGAGUCCCUCACAGAACAGCUGGUGAGCCAGGAAACCAAGCAGGGAAUAUUCCCCACAGUGCUACUGAGAAAGCAUGGACCAGCUGAAAGAAAAGCUGGAUUCUGUGCUUUCUCAACUACUGAAAAGCUGAGACCAGGACCCUCACUGGGCCUCAGUCCAUACAGUACAGAGGUCCUGUGCUCCACCUAGAUGGCAUCAAGGACCUAUUCAGCUCUUGCUGCCUUUCUAUAUACUUAUUCUGUCCUCUCAGGGACUCUGUGUUCUGCCAAAGUAACCAAGCUACUGAAUUCCCAGAGGUGGUAUAAGGUUAACUAAAGACUUCAAAAAAAUUAGGGAGAAAGGCAGGACAUACACACAUACACAAAAGCUACUCCUAACACUUUUCCCCUACACUGCUUCCAGAGCUAUUGCUCUGGAGAUGCAGGGGCAGAGUUAGUAGGAACUGCCAGCUUGGUUUCCAAUAAAACAUAGGGAUAAAAAGAGCACACAUACUGCACCUUCUGGCAUAUACAGUAAUAGUUUCAACAAUUUGCCCCAACUGCACACAACUGCCUUUUUAAGGUAAACUCUAAGUGGGUACUCAGAGGGGCUUUUUUCUUUUCGAGGAAGAUUAG